CCCAGACUGUCGUUAGUCCCAGACUUUGAGGAAGUAUUGCCAUCUAGUUUCGAUCAUUAUUCUAGUUGUUGAACAGAUUAUGGCUGCUGUGGAGACAGAUGUGCUCGGGGACUCGUCGCACCCUAUGAAAUGACGCUGCCGCGAUGCUUUUCGGUGUCCUGUGCUUUCUAGUCGUCGUCCAAGUACGGUCUGAGGCACCACCAGGUCCGCCCCAGAACAUCCGUGUUGAUAACUGGCUGCUGUCAUGGACCCCUGCCUCCAAGGAGGAAGAUGUCACCUACACCGUUCAGUACAGCAGCUUUGACAGCCGCAUGUGGACAGAUGUACCAGCCUGCAUCCAUAUAUCAUCCGAUUCCUGUGAUGUCAGUUCCACUAAAGCCUUGGGCGAGCACGGCUGUGUUAUGCUGCGUGUACAAGCAGAGAAGAAACGUGGGCUGACCUCGAAACCAGUCAAGGCCUGUAGCAGACAUGGUGACUCCUGCACUCCUGACUUCAGUCUGACUGCAGGGCCCGGCUCCCUGACUGUACAUUUGAGUAGAAACCACAGUUUGAUUCUGGAACAUGAAGACCAUGCAAAAUACAGGGUUUAUUAUGGCAAGGAAGGAGAGCCCCUUAAGAGUUAUAGAGAUGAUGUCGCCUCAGUGACCAUCCGUGAGCUGCAGGAGGGACAGCGUUACUGUACAAAAGUGGAGUAUAUCUACUUCGAUGAGAGCGUCGGACCACCCACCUGUACCCAGUGUGAGGUCAUCCCUGAGUCAAAAAAAGAUUCAAAACUAACAGAAACAGUAGUAGCUGUGGUGCUUGUCAGCGUCCUGCUCAUUACGUUCAUCGCGUACCUCCUCAUCUUUCAACGUGGGAGGAUCAAACAGUGGCUGCAACCUCCAUACCAGAUCCCAGACAACUUUCUGCUGAAGCCUGAGCACCACCUUCCCAUCUCCACCAGCAUUCCCACUGAGGAGCACUGGGAUGUAAUUUCCUGCAUUUCCCCAGAGGAGUCCAGAGAAUGAAAGCCACUGUCCUCUCUGCCUCUGCACUACACUCUGGCCUUCUCACUCUGCUGUUGUGGAGAUCAGAUCUGUCGAUUGAGCUGCUGGGAGAUACACUCUGCAACCUGCUGUCCUGAAGCCAUACGUUUUGCUGAGAUGGAUUCGACUCAUGAUAAAUGACAACUUGUCAAGUCAAAACGUAAUAGCUGAUCACUAGCUUUAAUAGGCUCCACACUGUGUUACUAUCCCCACUCUCAUUUGGUUUCAUAUGCAGGGUCCGACGUUAAAGGGACAUUGUGUAACAUUUUCAGUUGUUUAUUGGCAAAAAUUGAUGUCUGCAUUCAUAAAUAUGUCAUCACUGGUGUACUAUUACCUCCACCAAUAAUCUGACUUAUUCUCGUAAAAGGAGAAUUUCGGAUUUUCUUGUACAUUGUGCGGGUAAGUCGUCUGUGGGGUUCCAUAAUGUUUCGCCAUCUUGAGAAUACAUCCGCCAGCAAGGGACAUACAGCCCCGCCUUUGGCGUUUUCGUUGAGAGCCAGGCCAGCGCUGCAUGACUGAGGAGCUGAAGGAGAGGAGCAAGAGGCGCUUUGCUACUACCCCGGCAAAUUUGAAACAAAGUCCCACUCUUUGAGCAUAAUGCAGGAUCAUGCGUAUGCAGCAUAAUGGGAGACGGAAUCCUCGCCGCCAAGAAAGCACAAAUGGGAAUAGAAAAGGCAACGUGACCGGUGAAUUAAAAAAAUGAGGGUCCACAUCGGGGUAGCCUUUCCCAGGUGGAGCGAGCUGCUGAAGGAGAAUGGUAAUGCAAUCGCCGGUCACGUUGCCUUUUUGACUCCCUUUUGCGCCUUCUUGGCGACAAGGAUUCCGUCUCCCGUGAUGCUGCAUAAUACAUGAUCCUGCAUUAUGCUCAAAGAGUGGGACUUUGUUAUGCUGCAGUAGUGCCGGGGUAGUAGCGGCGCUGGCCGCUAACAGCGGCUAACAGCGGCUAACAGCGGCUAACAGCUGUUAGCGGUGCUGGCCGCUAACAGCUGUUAGCGGCACAGUGUUGUGAGGAGAGGGAUGAGGUGUGUGAGGUUGAGCCACUUGUCAGUUGUCAAAGGACAAGACGUGAUUGGUUUGUUUCGAUUUACACCCGCCCCAACAGUCCUGCGUUGUAAACACAGCCAGCAUGGUGAGGAGGGGGCUUGUCAACUUGCGUCCCGUGUGUCUGUGUAGGAGCCUGAGUGAAUACUCCAUGAAGUAUCGGAUGACAUGGUUUCAUCAACGUUAUCAUAGCUUUUUGGUACACAGUGACUACCGUUGUUGCAAUACGCAUUUGAAACAGUGAGGCGCUAGAGUGCGCUAUCCGUUUGAAUGCAAUAUAUGAUUUCAACGUUAGAUGGGAGAAAUUCCUACACACUGUGGCUUUAAGGUUUUUUCCUACUUGCCCUGCCGGGCAAGUACUUCUCAAAUCUACUUGCCCCAUCUAAAUUCUUACUUGCCCUGCCUAAGAGGUUCUUUUUCUGGCUGUGUGGUGCAUAUUUUCGCUCAUGACAUAUCUUACGUCAGCAGAGACGCUCAGCCAAUGGAGGCAGCAGCACAUAACAAAGCAGCACACUGCAACUGGCCCCUCCGAGGACAGAAACAGGAGAGGAAAUACACGAUUACAGGCAUGGAGUUAAGAUUUUUUUAGGGCAAGGCCACUUUGGCCUUUGAUAAAUACAAAUUUAUUGGGGCAUCAUGGCCAAAAUGUGGGGCACCAAGGCCAAAACCAAUGGCGCAAUAACAAUAUGUGCUAACUACAUUGAAUGAAGACAAAACAAUAUAUGUGUUGAAAAACAGUACUGAGUUUAUUAAAACUGGGUGUGCAUGA